AUAGAUAAGACGUGACCUCUUGGCUUUUUAUUCCCUUCGGCACGGCCAGGUGAAGUCUGCUACUGACGUCCAUAUACUCACGACAAAGGCUUAUCCGGCAUGGCACUACAUUUUUGUUCGUUCAGAGGGCUGAAAAAAAAAGAAGUCGCCUCACUUCUUUGUUUUUAGUCCCCAAAGUCGAUAGAUAACUAAGGUCAUUACGGCGAUAUGCAGGAGUCCAAGACGGAUCAAGCCACCAACAGCAGCCCAGCCGGCCAGGAGCGACUGAGCUCUGAGGAGGAACAAGCCACCAGUGAGACUUCAGCGGUGAAGGCAUCUACAACCAAAACACAGCAGAUACAACAGGCACUUCAAGUUGCUCAACAACAGCAACAACAGAGUGGGGAGAAAUCCCAGAAGAGUGUGGAGAAGGAGCCAGAAACACAGGUGCCCGUGUCGUUGCCGAUGGUGACCCCUCAGGUGGUCACUCCUCAGCAGAUGCAGCAGCUCCUCCAACAGCAGGUCCUGAGUCCCCAGCAGCUGCAGUUGCUCCUCCAGCAGCAACAGGCGCUGAUGUUACAGCAGCAACAGCUCCAGGAGUUCUACAAGAAGCAGCAAGAGGAGCUCCACCUGCAGCUUCUCCAGCAGCAGCACGCCGGCAAACCUAGCAAGGAGCACGCGAUCGCCCAGCAGAUGGCUGUCCAGCAGCAGCUCCUGUCCCUCCAACAACAGCACCUGCUCAGCCUGCAGAGGCAGGGCCUGCUCGCGCUCCCGCCCACCACGGCCACGCUCGCCUCACUGCCCCACGGUCUGAUCCCGGCCGAGCUGCAGCAGCUGUGGAAGGACGUGACGGAGGGCAGGGCGGAGGAGAAGAGCAGGGCCGACAAGUCGCCCUCUCCGCCCAAGCCGCCGCCGCUCAGCCAGCACCCCAGCACCAAUGGGCACCACGCGCCCCGGCCCCCCCGGAGAGAGAGUUCACAGGAGACUCAUUCCCAGAGCAGCCAUCCACUUUACAGCCACGGCGUGUGCAAGUGGCCGGGUUGCGAGGCUGUGUUGGGAGACUUCCAGUCGUUCCUCAAGCAUUUAAACAGUGAACACGCAUUGGACGACAAGAGCACAGCCCAGUGUCGAGUUCAGAUGCAGGUGGUUCAGCAGCUGGAGCUGCAGCUAGCUAAAGACAAAGAACGACUCCAGGCCAUGAUGGCCCACCUCCAUGUCAAAUCUACUGAGCCUAAACAAAGCCCACAGCCUGUCAACCUAGUUUCCAGCCUCACCCUCGCCAAGGCGACGGUUCCCAAGACUACCCCCUCUAUGAGUCUUUCUCAGAGUGCCACGGCACCAUCCACACCCCUCACGCCACUGCCCCAGACGCCCACCGUCAUCAUCCCAGGCAGCCUGCACGGGGUGGGGCCCGUCCGCAAACGUUACACGGACAAGUACAACCUGGCCAUGGACCAAGAUAUUGUGCAGAAUAAGGAGUUUUAUUUAAGUGCUGAGGUCAGACCGCCAUUCACAUAUGCAGCUUUAAUAAGACAGGCAAUUUUUGAGUCCCCAGAAAAGCAGCUAACACUAAAUGAAAUCUACAACUGGUUCACUCGAACAUUUGCGUAUUUCAGGCGCAACGCAGCAACAUGGAAGAAUGCAGUUCGUCAUAAUCUUAGUCUGCACAAGUGUUUUGUGAGAGUGGAGAACGUGAAAGGAGCUGUUUGGACUGUGGACGAGCUGGAGUUUCAGAAGAGAAGACCUCAGAAGAUCACUGGGUCACCGUCUCUGGUGAAGAACAUCCAGUCAAACCUUGGCCAGAGCACUGCCCUCUCAGCUUUACAGGCAGCGAUGGUGGACAGCAGCCUUCCUCUCUACGGCUCCGCCUCUGUGGGAGGCUCCGGUCUCAAGGCCCUGGCAGGCGGCAUGCACGAGGAGAUGAGCUCGCACGAACACGAGGAUGGCUCCCGCAGCGACUCCAGCCUGGACCUCUCCCCUAUGUCUGCCCUGCAUCACGGUAGAAUGAAAUUGGAACAGAUGGAGGAGGACGUGGAGGGCUGCCUGUCCCCAGAGAUGGGGGACGAGCGCAGCCCAGACUCGGCUCAGGAUGCGGACUUCGCCGAAGUGCACGACCCCCACCUUGCCCGUGCCACCGCCUUCUCCUGAAGCGUCGCUGUUCCACAAUCCCCCCCACCCCCACCCCCCCUCGUUCCCACGAGACUUCAAGUGCUUCAUCGAAGUCCCUCAGUGACAGCUAAACGACGUACCAGCAGACUCUGAGAAACGUUCACAACUAUUCCACUUGGGAACAACCUUUUUAUUUAUUCUUCGGAGCUACCUGUUGUUUUUUUGUAUGCAAUGGAUUGACCUCAGUGGUACUAAAGGGCUUCUCUUCGUAGAGGUAAUGGCUACAUUGUAAAGGUUGGCCCAUAGAUUAGAGGAGGGCCAAUGGCCGAUUUGAUGUCUCGAUUCUACACUUAAAAUAAGCACUACACCACCUGGGUUGGCUACAUGCAAAACCUCUCACUUCAGCCAGGCGAUUCAUGAUGCGGUUUCCCGCGAACCCCAUUUUGACACUAGAAGCAUCUAGGAGCAGGACUUUUUCCUUAAAGCAAAUGUAGGAACUCCCAGUUCACAAUGCUUGUGAGUCGUCUCAAUUCUGCUACGUGCUAAACUAUGUUUAGUCCAAGUUCAAUCACCACUGCCUCAAGUACUAUGUGGUUGGUCACCAUCGUGGGUCCCACACGGCCUUAAAUAUGGCUCUGCCCCUUAGUUACAGGUCCGCUCACUGAAAUCGUGAAUGUCUUUUGAACUUUUUUUGUCUUUGUUUUAUUUUCAUGGUAGAACCAAAACCAAAGGGGAACAUUUUAUAACCAGCACUUGAUGAAUGUUUUUCUAAUUAUUAGUUUUUGAUUUGCUUUUCUCCACUUGUUUGUACAGAAUGCUACUGUAUCAGAUUACAUAAACACCACCACAGAAGACCAGUCAAAAUGUAGGUUUCAUUUGUUCAUUUACUAACGGUGAACUAAACCAAAUGUCUGUGGAACAUGUUUGUCUAGUUUUUGGUAGGUAUUUGUUUUUUCCCAAUUGUAGAUAGAAUAUAUCAACAACUUACCAAAGAUUGUGAAAGUGAAGAUGCUUUUUAUGAUAUGUACUUUGUUUACAUUGUCCCUUUUGAUAUACCCAUUACAGAAACGUUUUCCUUUAAGUUGGGACUCAUUAGACUGUAUCAAACGUCCCACGCAUUGCAUGGAUAUGUAAUGUUUAAACAUGGUUGGAGAUAAAGAAAAAGUACAAGG